AAGUUUGACCUGUGGUACACGGAGGGAACACUAGAGGGCGACGUGGAAUUGGCCUGAAAUGAACAUAACUGGAAAAUUUACUCGCAUAUCGACAAAAUCUAACGCGUCCUUUUCCUCAUUAGGACUGUAGUAUGCUGCCAGUGACUCCCAAAGCCUACAAAGACACACUUGCAAAGUUUGUAAGUGAAGUGGGUUGUUAAAGAUGAAUGCACCAUCCACCCAGAUCUUGCUGAACAGCACCACAUCUCUGUCACUAGAUGAGCGCUUCACCAUGAUGUUGCAUCAGCAGGUUCCUCUGGUGGACAUCAGGGACACUGUACCCCAGAAGAUGACCGCUUCAGUGAAGAACCAGCGCCUGGCUCAGCAAAUGGCCAACCGUCCUUCAGUUCUGGCUGCCCUUCAGAACAAAUUGAGUGUGAAGCAGCAUCAGUUUAAGGGCAACAUCAAGGCAAGGCUUGGGAGGCCGAUGAUGAGUGGAGGCUUGCGUGGGAUGUCCAGAUCCUGGAGAAGACCAAGAGGAAGAAGCAUACUGCUGAGGGGAGCUUUGUCACAGAGAUGGACAAAUGGCAGCUUGAUUCAACAACAGCCCGGACCUCAUAUAAGCAGAGGAGGACUUACACGAAGUAGAGGACUAAGAGGAGCUCUCCGAGGCAGAGCAGGUAGAGGCAUGCUGUUUGUAGGCCGUGACUCGGCUGGAAAAAGUGCUAGACGAGACAGUCGCCCUCUCCCCACUCGAGAGGAGCUGGAUGCACAGCUGGAUGAUUACAUGUCCAUGACCAAGAGCCAACUGGAUGCCCAGCUGGAUGCAUACAUGGCAGAAGUUGACCCUGAAGACCUACUGUAAUGAAGCCAUCACCCCCACAGGGUAAUUUUGUACUUAAAGCCCAUUUCAUAGAAACCUGAGACUGGGUUAAAAGCACUGAUAAUUUCCAAGCAUAUAAGAAUAUCCUUAACCAUGUCUCAUUAAGGUUUAAUAUUGUUGAGUUGACGUUGUUUUAGGAGAUUGCGGUGCAUUAUUCCAGUUUAUCUACGUUAAAUAAACUUAUGGUAGCAUGCUUUGUGGACUGAAAAUGAUGAUAAAAAGAAAAUAUGGAAAUCUCAAUUACUGAAGUGUUACAGAAGCUAAUGUGUGAUUCCUGUAGAAAACCAUGUCCCCUUUUUUGACCUCAGAUUUUUGGUUCUUGCAUCUAUUUGUACAGAAGUCUGUAACUUCUGUAAGAAUGUUCUUGUAAGCUAAAUACAGAGCAAGAUUAUAUUAAGUGUAUACAUCUCUGAUCAACAUUUUGCUUGAAAGUCUGCAAUUACAUUUCUAUCUCCCGGAAAUUGUAAAUAUUGAGAGAAUUCAUAUCCAAAAAAUGUGGCCACUUCUAUUGGCGUCAUGGUAAAACAGCCAUCUGUAAUGCAUCCCUUAUAUAUUUGGUUAGAUUCCUUUGAUAAUUUCAGUAAUUUCUUUUACACAUAUGUAGACUUGAGAAAAUAUUUGGACAAUUAAAACAAUAUUCCCUAAAUUGCAACAUUUCUAGCAGUUCGAGAGGAUGAAGGCAGUGUAAUUUUUAUUUAUUGCUAAUGCAGUAAAUGCACAAAAGAGCCAGGUUCUGCCUCAGAGUUGUUUAACUUGUUUUCUUGAGGGACGGUUUGGUUAUCACAUUAAAUGUAAUUCCAUCUCAUUAUUUCUGUUGAAUCAGUUGGUUCAAUUUAAAGGUACUGCUUUUGUUUCAAGUUGAAAAUCUUUCAGAAGAUCAUGGCAAUGAGACAUUUUGUGCUUAAAAAGACCUGCUUGUUCAUAUUUACUUAACUGUUUAAAACUCUAGUUUGUGUACACUGUUGCCAUGUCAUUCCUAUUGUUCUUUAUUUUAUAAAUGUUUAUUCAAUAAAUAAAAAGUGUUUUUUUGA